CGCCGGCGACCAGUGAAUCGGGAGCCGGAGAGGUCAAACAGUGUGCUUCAAAAUUCAAUUUUUAAUUACAAAAUCUGGGUGUUUGGAUUACAGGAUGGGUUUCCGUGUAGGAAUCUGGGAAACAAGAUAUAAAAUAAUAUGAAUUGAUGGAUCCUUGAAAAGAUAAAGACUUGAAAGGUUGACAGAAAUUGUCGUUUUGGCGGACGCCCCAACGCACGCAUAUAGCCUGAACUCUGCAAAUUUGUUGUUAUUCUUCAUUUUCUCGUAUUCCCAUUCUAAAAGCCGGGUCUUGGCGCAGUACCUUCCAGUUCGGACCACUGUAGGUGGCGUAAUAUGGUACAGUGGCAGUCCUCCAUUGGGUAUGAUCGGUUUCCCCGUGACCGUUUUUGUUGGUUACUGAUCAAUCCACGGUGGAAAGCGUAAUGGCGAAGAAAUUUUGAGAAUGACCCGUUUGGAGGUUGUGCGGGGCGCCAACAAUAAAGACAUGCACCCUGAGUAGUGAUGCUUUCAAAAAUCUGUGCUCUUCUAAGCAUGGCUACACUUACAGAGGAGCAACAGAGCCCCAACCCUCAGCUGCCUCCGGGCUUUAGAUUUCAUCCUACUGAUGAAGAGCUGGUGACCCAUUACCUAAGGAAGAAGAUCUCUUCGUCUCCCCUGCCUGUCUCUAUUAUAACAGAUGUGGAUCUGUAUAAGUUUGAUCCCUGGGAUUUGCCAGGUCUGGCAAAGUUCGGAGACAAGGAGUGGUAUUUCUUCAGCCCGAGGGAGCGAAAGUACCCGAACGGCGCCCGCCCAAACCGGACGGCGGGCUGCGGGUACUGGAAAGCCACAGGCAUCGACAAGUCCGUGUUCUUAUCAGGAAGCUCUCUUCAAGUGGGGGUGAAGAAAGCUCUUGUGUUCUACGAAGGCAAACCCCCCAGGGGCAUCAAAACCAAGUGGAUCAUGCAUGAGUACCGCCUCACCGACUCCAUCCGGCCCGGGUCUGCUCCACCAAGGAGAAAACGGUCCAAGCUGCUGGAUGAUUGGGUGCUCUGUCGGAUAUACAAAAGAGUGAGUCAUUUGCCCAGAGCAGGGGAAGCUAUGGCAUUUUCUACUCAACAGAAGUUGCAAGAGCUGCCCCCCACACCCACUUUUCAGUCGUUUCAUGGAAUGAUGCAGAACCAAGAGGAGGACUUUCUUGACUGUGUUCUUAGGAAGGAUAACCCAUCUGAUGCAUGGGAUGCUCUGCCCCUGGCUGCUCAGGCUCUGCCCACAGAUUUGAUAUCCAACAAACUAAAGAGAAAUCUGUCAUUUGUUUUCAAUGACUUCUACUCCCUCAACGAUAACACUUCCUCUGUUUUCCAAUCUUUUAGUCCCUUGGAUGUGAGUGUCGAUGAUUUCCAUCAAAUCUAUUCACUGCCUUUCACUGAAAACAGGCUGUGGAGCACUGAAACUGCCUGGUUAUCUUAGCCUUCUUCCAUGUGAGCUGAGAUCAAGAAUUGAGAAUAUGGAGCGAAGGAGAAUGACCCAACAUCAAACAAUUGGUUCAAACUGUAAACUGUAUACAAAGAAUUUAAUUCAAGAAUUCCUAUUUCAAGUUUGAUUUCA